UAAUACAUAUUAUUGAUUUUUCAUUUGAAACAAAAAAAAAACCCUGAAAAAAAUCGCAUUAAAAAAAAUAUGAGUGAAUCCGAACAAAAGGCACAAACAUUAAUUGCUGAAGCUCAAAAGAAGCUUUCAUCAUCUAAAGGAUUCUUCGGAUCUUUAUUUGGUGGCAACUCGAAAAUUGACGAUGCCGUCGAUUGUUAUCAAAGAGCAGCUAAUAUGUUUAAAAUGGCUAAGAAAUGGUCUGAAGCUGGUAAUGCUUUUUGCUCUGCUGCUGAAUUGCAUUCAAAAGCUGGAAGCAGACAUGAUGCAGCAACUAAUUUUGUAGAUGCAGCAAAUUGUUAUAAAAAAAAUGAUCCAAAUGAGUCCGUUAUAUGUCUUAUCAAAGCAAUUGAUAUUUACACUGAUAUGGGACGGUUCACAAUGGCUGCUAAGCACCAUCAGACCAUUGCUGAGCUAUAUGAAACUGAGGUUAAUGAUUUACAAAGAGCUGUUCAACAUUUUGAACAAGCUGCAGACUAUUUCAAGGGGGAAGAGUCAACAAGUUCUGCAAAUAAAUGUAUGCUAAAAGUAGCUCAAUAUGCGGCUCAAUUGGAAGACUAUGAAAAAGCCAUUCAAAUUUAUGAGCAAGUUGCUGCUUCUUGUUUAAAUUCAUCUUUGUUAAAACAUAGUGCAAAAGAAUAUUUCUUUAGAGCAGCACUAUGCCACCUCUGUGUAGACUUGUUGAAUGCUCAGCAUGCCCUUGAUAAAUAUGUUCAACAAUAUCCGGCGUUUCAGGAUGGACGUGAAUAUAAAUUAGUAAAAACGUUAUGUGAACAUUUAGAAGAACAGAAUAUUGAAGGAUUUACCGAUGCGGUCAAGGAUUACGAUAGUAUUUCCAGAUUAGAUCAAUGGUACACUACUAUGCUUUUAAGAAUUAAAAAACAACACAACGAUAAUCCUGACUUACGGUAAAUUGUGUAUCAAUUAAUAAACACUAUUAAUUUUUAACUAUUUACUAAGUAACAUUAUAUAAAGUUUUAUCUAUAUAAAUAUCCCAAACUGCAUAAUUAAUUACACAAGUAGAAUGUUAAAAAAGAUUAUACCUACAUGCUUACAAUCAGUGGACCUACGGGUCUCUAUUAUUGAAAAAAAAUAUAAUUAGCUUAAAUAAACGUCAGGUUAUAUUCAAGAUAUAAAAUCAAUCUCAAAAAAUUAGCAAGCAUAACAAUUAAAAAAAGAAUGUGUAUUCUCAAAUUGUUGAUGUAAAAAUAAAUAAAAAACUGCAUAUUUAAUCCAUCAUAACAAUUUUAAUUUC